AUGCCGGGCGAAUAUAAAAUUACCGAUCUUGACUUAAUUGAUAUGGCAGACAAUAUGCCACCUGGAGAUUAUCGACUUGGCCUAGAAUAUUAUAUGAAUAAUAAACUUGGUAUAAGGUAUAAAAUAUACUUCAGCAUUUUGGCUGGAAAACUAAAAGCAUUAGUAAAAACUAUUGAACAAGAUGAAAGCUAUAUGGAGUAUGCCGAUUUCAGAGGUUUAAAAAAUAUAAAAUUUAAUAAAACAUAUUCUGGUUUAUCCGGAAAACUGAAAAUUUUCAAAGGAUAUGCAACAUCAAAGGUCAAUUUUAAAUUAGCUAAAAAAAUGGGAAAUGGAUACAUUCCAAUGUCUAUGCUGGAUCUUAAGAAUCAAGAUUAUUGUGAAAUGGUGAAGAAUCCUAUUGCACAAAAGACAUUUUUUGUGGAUUUGGCCAAGUAUUCUACCUUACCAAACACUUGCGACUAUGAACCAGGAGAUUAUGUAUUUACUUACUUUGUACCUGAGGUGCCAGAAAACACCCCAACGGGAGAUUUUCGUGCAGAAAUGGAACAGUUCAUAGAUGGGAAGCCCAUUAUAAAGUAUAAAGCAUACCUUACAAUCAGCUAA